AAUAGUAUCCGGACGACACUAUCAACAACUUGUGAAGGAGCAUCUCUCAUAGUUUGGCUUGAAUCAUUCAAAACAUUUUUAAGUUUCAGGAACUGAAACAACAAUCUGCAGUAAGUCUUAAUUGCUGGAGAUCCAUGUAGGGAUUCCUAAGUAAUGGUAGCUGUUGUUGACGGUGGGACGUCAUCUGCCUAACAUUGACUGCACAAUGGCUGAAGACCGUGGUGCAUUUCGGACGGGCUUUCGCCGGGCGGAACUUCUCCGGGUGCAGAAAGAGAUCGAAAACAUCAAGAAGAGGUCCCAGAAGGAGGCGGAGUUUACCAAGGAGCAGCAGAAGGAGGUGGAAGAUGGCAAACAGCGUGUGAUCAUAAGCAACAAGGUCAAGAAUGUAGAAUUGGCCGUAGAUUUUGGCAAGAAAGGCAUGCCGUAUGUACGGAAGACAGAGCCUCACUUUGAAGAGACCUUUGUCAGUAAUCCAGUUCCAGUACAGAAACAAGAACCAGGGAGUGUUCCCCCUUACAAUGCCCUGGAUAAAGAAUACAAUGUGCCGCCAGCUGGAAAGACAAAGAAAUAUCCAUAUAGCAAGGAUGAGACCACUACAACUGAAGAGAUGCGAAUCCCACGCGUACAGACCCUUGGUGUCCUCCCAUCACGCAGCACCAAGGAGAUCGAGGGGCUGCAGUUCAGGAUGCAAGGCAAGCCAGCCAUGGCCAAGCCAGACUCGGAGAUCAAAGCUAUCGAACAGGCCAAUAUAGACUCCUACCGAGGCCCUCCCCCGUCCAUCACCGCCAGAUCCGAGUCGGCCGUAGACUCUGCCAGACCGAAGCCCGCCGAGGAUGAUCUCACCCAACAGCAGACAGCACAGCCAGAGAAACUCACCAAGCCAGCCAUCGUUGGCACAGCAGGCACCUUAGCCCCGGUGAAAUUCUCACAGAGGGCCAAGCCGCCCGCUAGACCCACGUCUGGGGCCAGUGCCGAUGCUCCAAGAAGGAAGAUCAAAAAACUCAUCAAGAGCAGCAAGAAGAGCGCCAAGAAAGCCAGGUCAGAGGUCAUGGACCCCUGGGUUGACCUGGACUCGGAGGAAGACUCGGCCACUGUGUACCUGAGCGACGACAGCGAAGAUCUGACCAGGAGCAGGUCCGGUUCCAAGACUUCACACCUUAGGAAGGCCAGGUCCAUGCGGCAUGGCUCGGCAGGGUCCAGCAGCUCCCACAAGUCGGCCAGCGAGUUACUGGCAGAGGCCCGGGACAUUGCGGGACCGGAUAGCUUGCCGGUCUUCAAGAGGAGACAGCAGGCCAGGUCAGAUAAGCCCUUUGAGAGGCGGGUCUCCAAGUUGAAGGUGGUUGAGCCGGAGAAGGAGGACGUGCCCAAGGAGCGAUCGGUGGAUGACAUCAUAUCCUCCCUCAAAGCUGCCAGGGAAACUGGUGGCGUGAAAUCAGAAGCCGACAUCAAGAUCCAGCAGAUCAUGCAGCGGGUCCUGUCCCGCACGGCGGCCGUGCUGGGAACGGAGACAGAGGCCCCAGAAGGGAUGGAGCAGGAGGAGGGGGAGGAGGAGCUUGGUGGUAUAGAGGGGGAGGCCGACCUCAGUGAACUAGAUCUCAAAGACAGUGUUCCAGUCAUCACAGUGCUGGACAGUAAAAGCCAAGUAUCGAUUGGAAUGUCAGAGCAGGACGCCCUCUCUGUAAAAGUGGACGACGCCAGCAAAAUUCAAGCAAGCACAGAGUCACUCCCCAGAGUUGACUCCGAUAAACUGCCAACGUCGGACACCAAGAUCUCCCAAGACGGCACCCUGGAGCCAGAGCCAGCCACUGGGGGAGACAAGGAGGCAAGCACCAAGCCGUCUGUGGUGUUCCAAGAGGAACCCACCGAGAUUCAGUGGGAAGAGGAGGUUGACCUACAGCAGGCCUGGAUGGACUUGCAGGUGCCUCUAGAUGUCACCUACGAGGAGAUCAUGAACGUGGAAGGUGAACCUCAACCGUUGAAUCCCAGGAGAGAUGCCAGGGAAGCCAUCAGGGAACCUAUGUCCAAGCCUACCGUCCAGAGCUCCUCGGUGUCUUUCCUGUCCAGCUGGGCACCUCAGGAGAAAGCCCCCAGGGAGGAAAGAGUUCCAGAAGCCAAACCAGAAGGCUAUCGUAACAGCAUCCAUCACUUCUGCACCAUCCCGGCCCAGCUGCCCAUCCCUGGUAGUCUGCAGCUAGCCACGCGUAUGUAUCACACACCAAGCAAGUAUGCCGGUACCGCAAAGCUGCCGCCUACCUCCGUCAAGGAGCCAAGUGUCUCAGAGAACUCCUAUACCCAGACGCUGCGGUCUACAACCUCUCGUCCCAGUCACAGCCACAGCCUUAGUAGCAAGGUAGCCUCAGAGCGGACGGCACAGUACGCCAUGGACCAGCAGCAGCGGCUCAUGUCGGCGGCUGCCCAGCGAAUCCUGAAAGAGGCUGAGGAGAAAACGGGGUCUGACACCCAGACUCUGGAGGCGUGGGAGAAGAGGGCGCAACAAGUGUUUGACGACGAGGAGCUGGAGAUUGCUGGCCAGCGCAUGCCCCUCAGGCAGGACCAGUCCCGCCUCUACUGGACCCCGGCCCCGCCCAAGAUGGACCUGCCCUCCGCCUACAUCCGCAGCGUCCUGUACCCAGAAUUCCAAGGGGCCGCGCUGGACGAGGACGGCGAGAGGCCAAUCUCUGAAGGGGUUGGAUUGGAGGAAGGAGGGGAUAGCGACGUCGGCCUGGCUGGAGCCUUGGAGGAAGGAGACGAUGAGGAGAAAAGCGAUUCCCACAGGCUCUUACAGCAUCAGCACAGGUCCUGCGAAGACCUGACCAAACUGGGCUGGCUCAAAAGAGAAGCGGCCACUGCAGUCAAGGUGCCUGGCCAAACUCCAUCAAAAGAGGGCGACAGAGACGCGUCGCCGAGCGAAGAGGAACGGCAACAGGAAGGUGCAACGACUGCACCGGUGACCCCAGCUAGGUCAAGCUCAGGUGUACCUAGCCAGGCAACCGAUGACACCAUCAGCAAUGUGCUCAUCCAUGUGAAGUCUUACACCAGUGUGAGUGAAUUGCGCCGCAAGUUCUCCCAGGUCACGACCUCAACCACAAAGGAAGAGAAGGAAUCCGAGGAACAAGGGAUAAUCAUUGAGAUACCUGAAACUACCAAUGCCAUUGACACGCUGCAGCCAAUCAGACGCACCCAGUCGGCCCCGGCGCUGUCGGCCGAGUACGACACCCUGAUCCUGGACGAUGACUUUGACACCUGCAUGCAGGAGGUGCAGAAGCAGCAGCAGCAGAUACAGGACGUCAAGGCCGCGAUGCAGCGCCAAGGCUCCGAGGAAGAUGAGAGCGAAGACAUUAUAGGCGAGGUGCUGGUUACUAUGGCAAGAAUGACACCUCAGUCUCCCUCCCCCAAUGCCAGCGCCCAGAAACCUUCGUCCCCGACACUGGCAGAGAAAGCUCGGUCGGCUGGUAUGAAGUAUGUCAUGUAUCCAAAGAAUAGAGGGAAAAAGAAAAGGCGACCACUUGAUCCACGUCGACUGGAUGCAAUUGAGGCUUUUCUGAUGCAGCGGCCCAGGAGAAUUCACAGGUCGGAGAGUCUUCCAAAAAUCCAGAUGCCUGUUGCUUGGGGCUUGCGGGUGCCGCCGAGGGUCCGAUCUCUGAGGAGAGGUAGUCUACCCGAUUCACUGGACUUCGACGAGUACGUCAGGGAGAACAGAGACAAGGAUGAGACGGACAACCUGCGUGAGUGGGCGCGAGGCAUAUGGGAUGCCUGGUUUGACGAGGUCUUCCCUCCCACGGAAGCAGAUAGCGAGUCGGACUUUGAGGAGGAAAUAUCGCCGACCAUCUCCCCAACCAAAAGGCGGGGCUCAGCUGCCAGCAGCGUGCUUUCCGUGGAGGUUGACAUGACCGAUCCGAUCAUGGAGACAGAGGAGGACAGGGAGAUAGUGGAGUGGCUACAUGAAGAGGUAUUACAGCUGACUGCGAUCAUUGAAAAGUCUCCCCAACCCUCGCCCUUUGAUCUCUGUCGACGUGGAGCUAUGUAUCGCAAGCUGGGUAAGUUGAAGCAAGCCUGGGACGACCUGAACCAGGCCAUCCUGCUGGAGCCUCUGCUCCUGGAUGCCUACUGGCAUCGCCAUCUGCUCUUCCUGCUGCGACGCAAGCAGACCAAAGCCCUGGAAGACCUCAACACCAUCCUCAAGAUCAACAAGGAACACGUGGGUGCUUACAGAUCCAGGGCUGAGAUAUUUCGUCAAAGGGGCGACGUAACCAUGGCCAUUAUGAACUACACCCAGACCAUCAAACUGGAUUCUGAAGACCACGAGGCCUACUACAAACGUGCCGAGAUGUAUGAAAAGCGUGGAGAGAUGCUGUUGGCAUUGGAAGAUUACAGAGAGGUGACCAGGCUGAUGCCAAGCAAGACGGACGCGAUCUUCAAGAGAGGCAUCUAUCAGUUCAACAACAACAAGAACUGGAUGGCAGCCAUCAAGGACUUCACGGAGCUGCUGGCCCAGGAGCCAGCCAACGCCCUAGCCAAGACCUACCGCGGCCGAGCCUACGCCAAGCACGGCCACUUUGUCCAGGCGGUGGAGGACCUGUCCUCGGCGAUACACCUUGACCCGCUAAGCAGCGUGGCGUUCUAUCACCGAGGCUGUCUGCUCAGGAGGGCUAAUCCCAAGCAGGCUCUUCAGGACCUGAGCGUCUCAGUUCUUCUUGAUGACAGCGAAGAAAACGUCAUGGCCUUCUUCCACCGAGCCGUGCUGUACAUGGACGAUGACAGAUAUGAGGAUGCCAUCGCAGAUUUUGAUAAUGUUCUGAAGCUUGACAAGACCAUAGCGGCAGCCCAUGUCAACCUGGGUCUGAUCUAUAUGACCAAGGUGGAGAACUACCACAAAGCCAUCCAGAAGUUCACCAACGCCAUCAAAGUCAAUCCCGUCUACGUCCGCGCCUUGGUGUGCAGAGGGGAGGCCUACCACAAGAUUCACGAUUUGAAGAAUGCCCUGCUUGACUUCACCAGGGCAAUACACCUCCGACCAGACCAGCAGCAUUACUACAUGUACAGGGGAGAAAUCUUGUUGGAGAUGAAGAAUCUGGAGUUGGCCAGCUUCUGUGUCAAACAUGCAGCAGCACUGAGCCACGGCCUGGGCUCCUCAGCAACCCAGCAGGCGGCCGUCCAGUCCUUCCUUCACAACUACCCCAAGGCCAUCGAGGUCCUGUCCACCGCCGCCCGGUCCCAGCCCUCAGCGCCCCUCUUCAUCCUGCUGGGCAAGACGCAGAUCAAGGCCAAGAAGUACCGGGAUGCAGUGGACAGCCUGGAGAAAGCCCUCAACUUCAUGAAACCUUGGCAGGAGCGUCAGACCUGGCCGAUGGAAGCGGCAGAGGUCAACUAUCUGAUCGGGAUGUGCCACACGGAGAUCCCCAACUACCUCAAGGCGUUUGAGGCGUUCAACAAUGCCAUCAAGAUCAACAGUGAAUACCCAGAGGCCUACUACCAGCGCGGCCUGACCCGCAUGAAGCUACGCCAAUCCAAGGGCAUCCUGGACUUCAACCGGGCCUUGGCCCUGAACCCCAAACUCUUCCAGGCCUUCCUGAGCCGAGCCGCCUACUACGGCAUGAAGGGACGCUACUCUAAGGGAAUCGUCAACUGUAACGAGGCCGUCAAGCUGCAGCCAAACAGCGUCAGAGCUUACCUCUACAGGGGAGCGCUGAAGUACUACAUCCUAGCCUACAAGCUGGCCAUCAAGGAUCUGUGUAAGGCCAUCGAGAUCGACAACACCUGCUCCUUGGCCUACUUCAACCGAGCCGUCUGCUACCACACCACCAAGGACUACACUAAAGCGCUCAGGGAUUACGGCAUCGUGCUCAUGCUGGGGGAGGCCAACGCCCUCAAGGUGUUGAUAAACCGAGGCUUGAUGUACUUUGCCCAGAAGGAUUACAAGAAUGCCAGGGAGGACUUUGCCCAGGCCGUGAAGAUGGAUUCUCGGGACCCCAAGAUCAGACACACGCUGGGCCUGUGCUGCCACAAACUCAACAAAUUGGAAGACGCCGUGACUGUCUUCAGCUCAGCCUUGAAGGUGGAUAUAUUCUUCCUGGAUGCCUACAUUGGCAGGGGCAACGCCUUCAUGGACUACGGCCAUGAAAUCACCCACCAAAUGGCAAGGCGUGACUACGAGAGAGCGCUUCAUUUGAAUCCCCAGUGCCUACCAGCUAGGGUCAAUCUGGCCUACAACUUACAGGUCUGCGGCCACUUCCAGCAGGCUUGGAACCAGCUAACCUCCUGCCUCAAGAUCAAUCCAAACUACCGUCCAGCACUGGAGGGCCGCGCAGUGAUCUGCCUCCAGAUGAGCGACACCUUCGCCGCCUUCCAGGACCUCAACACCGCCCUCAAGCUGGGCGCCACGGCCGAGCUGUACACCAACCGCGGCGUGGUCAACCAGUUUAUGCAGGAUCAUCACAACGCUAUGCGGGACUACCAGUCUGCUAUCAAGCUGGACCCCGGCUACGCGCUGGCUUACUUCAACGCCGCCAAUCUGUACUUCCACAACCGCCAAUUCAGACAGGCAGUAGACUAUUACAGCAAAGUACUGGAUCACAACCCAAAAGACGAAUCGGCAGUUCUGAACCGAGGAAUCACCAAGGUUCUGAUGCGCGACGCCCGUGGGGCUCUGGAGGACUUCCAGCUGGCAGUCAAGAUGAGCCCGCUGUCUGCCCACGUCUACUUCAACAGGGGCAACCUCUACGCAUCCCUGCGCAGAUACGAACUCGCUGAGAAGGACUACUCAGAAGCUCUGAAGUUGCAACCAGACGACCCCCUGGUGCACAAACGCAGGGCCGAAGUCAGAGGGAAGCUUGGCAAGCGCUCAGACGCUGUACAGGACUACAAGAGAGCUAUUGAGCUACAGAGCAGAAGGCAUCCAGGGAAUUGAAGAUAACAGGCUGAGGAUAUAGGGUCCGAUGCCAUGACGUCAAAGAACCACGUGACCGUCCGGUUUGCCCGUGAUCGGCCACCAUUGCAGUAGGCAAGCGUUUGGAUAGCAACCACUUCGUGUAGACAGUAAAUGCUGAUGCUAGAUACACUGCCUAGUACGCCCCUUUCCCUGUGUGUGCUGUGCUCACACAGAUAUUAUCUGCUUGCAGACAUUAUU